AAAAAAAACGCCGGUUCCCGAAAGCCGACACAAAAAAAAAUAAAAAAAUAAAAAAAGAUAAAAAAAAAGAUCGAAAAAGAGUCAAUGAUGAGUAUUUCUUCCGAUAUGCUAUCGGCUCGGUGAGCGUCCUGAUAAGCUGAUAAGAUAAGCUUAUCUGACGUCGCACUUCCUCCCAGCGGAUGUGGUCGCUAGUCAGCCCAAUUAGUCAGCUUAGUCAGCACGUCGUCAGCGAGUGGGUGCAGAGCAGUGAAGAUGAACAACUAACGAGCUUAUUUCCACAAAAAACAGGAAAAAGGGUGAAAUUAAUCAUCCAAAAAGACAAGAAAACAGGACAGUACAGAGGGACCAAGAAUUUUUCGUAGCAUAAGCUUUUUUCUUUCUUUCUUUCUUUAAAAUAAGAUGUGAUAUUCUGAUUGAAAGUAAAGGGGGAUACGUAGAUAUUUUUUAUUUUAUUUCCUGCAUACAAUAUGGGUCUCUUCAGCAACAUUACGACAUUUGCGGGCCAGAAUUACGGCAAAUUGAAGAAGGAUUGUCUGAAUAGAGGAGAGAAAUUUUCGGAUCCAAAAUUCCCGCCACACGAUUCGUCUUUGUUUUUCUCCAAGCAGCCACCGGGGGUCAUCACGUGGAAAAGACCCCACGAAAUUGUGGACAAACCUCAGCUGUUCGUGGAAGGAGCGAGUGCCAAUGAUGUCACCCAGGGGCAGCUGGGCAACUGCUGGUUCGUGGCCGCGUGUGCCUCCCUUGCUGGGGUCAAGGAAUUGUGGCAUAGGGUGAUCCCAGACUACAAGGACCAAGAGUACGGCGAUCUCCACCCCGGCAUCUUCCACUUCCGCUUCUGGAGAUUUGGCGAGUGGCUGGAUGUGAUUAUCGAUGACCUCCUUCCGACCAUUGAGGGGGAACUGGUCUUUGUUCACUCAAGGGAGAAGAAGGAAUUCUGGUGUGCCCUGCUCGAGAAGGCAUAUGCUAAGCUCCAUGGUUCCUAUGAAGCCCUUGAGGGUGGCAACCUGAGUGAUGCCCUCGUAGACCUAACCUCUGGCGUGUCUGCGCAUCUGGACCUGACUGUAGGCGGGUAUACGGAUGACUUCGAGAAGCGCAAGCAACUCUUCAAGAUGAUGGUGAAGGAAAUGAAUGAACACGCCCUCAUGUGCUGUGCUAUAACUCCCCACUCCCACGAGGAAACCGAGAUGAGGACAAACGUGGGCUUGGUGAAAGGCCACGCCUAUGGCAUCACAGCAGUUCGGAAAAUCAACAUCGGUGACACGGGACUUUUCUCGAUAUUCAAGGGAGCACAGAAGAUCCGCAUGGUCCGCCUCAAAAACCCAUGGGGUGAGCGCGAGUGGAACGGAGCAUUUAGCGAUGGUAAAGAAAGGAGUGGAUUUGUGUACACUACCUCGGAACUGACCAAAAUGUACUCCAGAUCUCCAGAAUGGUCAAAAGUCUCGGCAUCAGAGAGAGAAAAGUUAGGACUGACUUUUGAAGAUGAUGGAGAGUUUUGGAUGACAUUUGAUGAUUUCGUGGAACACUUCACCGACCUGUCAAUCUGUUUCCUUAUCAACACCAAAGUCUUCAGUCUUAGUAAAACAUGGCAUGAAACUGUCUUUGUGGAUGCAUGGACCAUCGGCAUUCGAGGCCACAACUCGGACCGGGCAGGAGGCUGUCCAAACCACAAGGAUUCCUUUUUGCGUAAUCCACAGUAUCGGUUUGAUAUCAGGGAGGAGAGUGAUGAUGUUAUAUUCCAGCUGAUGCAGAAAGACACACGUGAUAGGAAGCAGGAGGGUAUCCAAAACCUUGUCAUUGGAUUCCACAUUAUGAAGGUCGAGGAAAAUAGGAAAUACCGUGUUCACAGGAUACAUGAGAGUAUAGCCACAUCAGACUACAUCCGCACACGUGCAAUAUUCCUGCGAGAACAGCUGAAACAGGGACGCUAUGUUAUUAUACCCACUACAUUUAAGCCUGAUGAAACUGGAGAAUUUAUUGUGAGAAUGUUCACAUCCAAAGAUGCCAAUUCAAGAGAACUCACUCUGGAUCAGCCUCGAAUCCGCUGGUAUUCCUGCGUCAAAAAGCCAGUCCUUGUGACCACCAUCACUGUUAAAGGUGCUUUUAACUUGGAGAAACAGUCAGCAUUUGGAGGAGAGGCAGAUGCAUAUUGCAUAAUAAAGUGCGAGGGUGAAGUGGUGAGGACGCCGGUAGAGAAGGGAACAUCCGACCCCAAGUGGGACACAACGGCCAUCUUUUACCGCACUAAACCUGGACAGCCAAUCGUGCUUGAGGUGUGGAACAGCAACCUGUUAAUGGAUGGAUUUAUCGGCCGAGCGGAAGUUGUGGCCCCCAUCAACCCCAAUGUAACACAGGUGGAACUUCCACUGUUUGGGCGAAGAAAAGAAAAGACUCUAGAAAAGCAGGGAAAGUUGGUAGUGCAGGUUUAUAGUGAUGACGAUCUCACAAGCAUUUGAUUUUAGCUCUGUGAUAUCUCUGGUAUGUUAAAGUAAAAUUAAAUAUACUCUGUGGCAUUUAAGUAAAAUCUUGUAAAUGUGCUCUUAUAGGGCAUAAAAUCCUUUUCAUAUACACUUGACAAUAAGGUGCCAAGUGAAAUGAAGAAAUGGAUUAAAGUAUCAUAAGAAUUUUGACAGAGAAAGAGGGAAAAAAAAGAAAGAGAGAAAUGAAAAUAAGAAACAUAUAAAGCAAUGGUAUGAAUUUCUUUGUGUGCACUUUAGUGGAAGGCAAAAAUAUAUGUUCAGUUCUUAUUUUUUCCCUCUCUGCAUUUGUAUUACUGUGACAAAUAAUAACUAAGGGAUUUGGUUAAAAUGAUGCCUGGUGGAAGGAAGAUAAUGUAAAAGUUAUAGGGUAUGGAAGAUCUUUUCACACAUUUAGAUAGCAUUAUAAGUCUAGUAAUUUUGUUGUGAAUCAUAAAAAAUCUAGUUUGGAAGUAUUGAAAUUACAUGUGCAAAAAUGCAAACUGUAUAUAUACAUAUA